AUGCCUAAAAAAGAAGAGAAGCACGCUAAUGAAGAAAAGCCCAGAAAGCCGUCAAAAGCUGGCGGAUCCAAAGAUCGCAGCAACGGGCAGAGCCUGCAUCAUGCAAGCGACACGCCCAGUGAGCGCACUUCUGGAAAGGCCCAAGCCCGCGCCCCUUCUAAAGCCCGGAAAAGGGACAGUGAGAGCGACCCUGAGAGUGCAAGCGAUAGCGGCAGUAAUAACGAGACAGAUGGUGAGACCAGUGCAAGCGACGAAGACGAGUCCUCUAUUGGGAGCGGCGGGAGCCAGGAAAAGGCCCAGGAAAAAGAGGGGCAAAAAAGCAAGAGCGCGCGCAGAAACGACAAGGAUGGCUCAAGCACCGAUGUGAGCGAUGAUGAUUCCAGCGCCACGCACAGUGGAAGCCGCAGGCACUCUGAAAAGGGCAGGGAUAAAGCCAAAAAAAGUGCGCGCACUGACGACAAAAAAAGCAAAGGCCAUGGCAGCAGCGAAAGCGGCAGCGAGGGCGAGGGCGAUAGUGGCGAAAACGGCGAAAAGGAGAAGAAGCGCGGAAAAAAGGGGAAAUCCGGGAAGUCGGGAAAGAAGGACGCAAGCAAGAAAAAAGGCAAAUCUGGCAAGAGCAAGCGCAGUCAGGAAGAAAGCGAAGAAAGCGAGGACUCUCCAGGAAAAACUGCCUCCAUCGACAAAAAACUUACGAUUAAUAAGAAAGAGGACUCGCAUCUUAUAAGCGAAGUGAUUCGGCAGGGGGCAUCCACGGACCUGAACGGGCACGAGAGCAAAGAGCAAAAGAAGCGGGCCGUGGCCAUAUCCAUACGAAAUGACUCUGAAGCCGGGAUAGUCAAGUCAAUCUCCAUGGACCUUCUAAAGAAAACAGACAGCCAGUUUGGAACCUCUCUUGUGAAGAAAUCGCAGGGAAAAGUUCUUCUGGACCUAGAGGAGAUUAAAAAGACGAAGCAGACGGAGGACAGCAUAAAAAAUCUCUCAAGAGCCGACCAGAUCCUCAAACGGCUAACUCUAGACUAUAGCCGAAACAAGGAGUUUACCGAGAAAGUCGAGUCUCUCGCCAAAAUCACCAAGAAGCUUAACGUUGCAUCGCAGCAGAGAAUAUUCCUGCAUGUUCUGCACAACUCCGAAAGCCCGUACAUCAUUCUGUCCGUGCUGAAGAAGUUUACCCGCGGGCCCGUGUUUUUAUCAGACUCGUGUGCGGUCCAAAUGGCGCUGUUCGUGCGGUCUCUGCGCGGGAUAUACUUGGACGCAAUCCCAUACUCAAAAAUAAUUAGGGAGGUUUUUGAGUCUUGUGCAAUGCCGGAUGUGACUGUGGAGCAUGCGUAUGACAUUCUCUCGCAAAUAGAGCAGGAGGACGCCACCCGAAGCCUGCUCAUUGAUCUGUUUGGAAAGAUGCAUGUUGUAAACUACUACAAGGAGCUGUGUGCUGGCGUUCUGUCCAGAAACAUAAGCAGAGGCGUGCUCUACUCUGUGAUGUACACGAUAAACGACAAAAGCGUGGCCAAGGAGUGCAUGGCCCCUAUGUUUAAUCGGCUGAACGAGUACGUGGCCGACAAAACUGUAGAAAAGAACAGCGUUGUCUUUGCGCGUGCUGUGUGGGCGCUCUUUACAGCACACACAGAUGCAUUUGACAGCGAGUUUGACACGAUUAUAAAGUACAUCGGAUACUUCUGCGACGCAUUCACUGAGAGCUCGUGCGAGUUUCUGUCCAUUGAUGACGCUUCUGAAAUUGUUGACACCUUUGAUGUUUUGGCCAAUGCAGUUGUCAACAGGACAGUGCAGGGAAGCACCAGCAAAAACAAAAAAGACUCUGCGGCCAUAAAAAACUAUGUUGAAAAGAAGGAGGUGAAAAGGGAAGAAAAGGUCCGGAUAGUCCCGGAAAUGGAAAAUGUAGAUGACUCCGAUAGCUCCAGCGAAAGCUCUGAAGAAAGCGAAAAACACGCCUCUGAGGAGACCAGCGAGGGCGCGGAGACAGCUGGCAGGCUUAACAAUGUAAGCGUGACGCAGGAGAAGCUUUUGGUCUUCAACACGCUUAUUGCUGCCAAGUACAAAGAGGUCUUCAAAAAACUUGAGGGCGCGCUGGAGUGGAAAAAAAGGCCGUCCUAUGACACUCUUCUGUAUGUGGUGUCGCACGUAAAGCUGCUGCAUCUGCUUCUGUAUCUCUCGAGAAUAUCCGGCUCCAGCGAGAUUCCGGUCGAGCCGCACGGGGCCCUGUUUAGGAAAAUCAGCACGCCCGCGUCCUUUGAUGCAAAUAAGCACGACGGAACCCAGGACUUGGCCGACAGAAUGCUCUCUGAAAAAUGGAACUCCCUGGGGUUCCUAAUGAAGGAGGGGCUAAUUUCGUCUGUAAGCACAGACUUCACAAAAGACGUGCUAAAGCACACCUCUCCAUACCAGAUGUUUCACACGGUCUCCACGUGCGUGCAUCUGCUCUCUUUUCCGACUGCCUCCGUUUUUCUGGAGAACGGCCACAUAUACGACUUUAUAUACCUACAGACUCUUCCAAGCUAUGUUCGACACAAAAGCUUCCUGGAGACUCUGAAAAAAACUAUCCGGGCGUUCAUCAGCAAAGCGGAGAAGGAGGCGCUUGUGCUUCUUGUGCGGCGGCUCAUAGAGCUGGACGGGUUCUACACAGAGAGGGAGGCAAAGAAGGGCAGCAAAAAGUCCAGCGACCCAAACCACUAUGCUGCUGUGAAGCAUGUCGUGCGCGACACGGUGGCGUCUCUGUUCAUUACGGAAAUGGAUCUGUCUGCUUCUGGCGGGAUAGAAAGCACAGUGGACAGCCGAAGUGAACACACAUACGACACCGUGGAUGUAGAGAUGAACGAAAAAAAAGUGUUCAAUCCAGUGACAAAACAGGAAGAGUUUAGAGUUUCAGAAGAAAUUGUUUUCAAGCGGUUUGGGACAGACCGGCACCAAGAAAAAAAUGCGGCGAAAGAGUACUACAAAAAGGCGAAGGAGGGAAAGAAUGUAGACCAAAAAAGGCGAAAGAUCGUGUUUGACUUUAUACAGAUGAUAAAAGACAGCGAUUUGUCCGACAAGUUUAUAAAGGCUCUGGUUAAGCUUCCGUCGGUCGUUACAGUGCGCGAUAAAAUGCUCUUGUACAUAAUCAAGGUCGUUAUUUACGGGAUGGAAAAGCUGUCCCUUUCAGACAGCACGCUGAAGGCAGUGCAGGACUUUGCCAACGACGAGUACAAGGAAAACCCCUCUGACGUGAUUAAAGACGCAGCCAAGUGCUUGUACGUGAAAACGUGUGCUUCCCUGUCGGACAGCGGAGCCAAAAACCCGAACACAUACAAUGGCCUGGUUCUGUCCUUGCUUAUACUAAUAACUACAAACCAGGGAAACCUAAAUGCUCUGAAGGACGGCUUCUUUAGAAUAUGCUCGGACUUGGAGGAGUAUGAGAGAAACGAGCUGCUUCUUCUAUUUAGGCAGGCGGGCGUGCCCACCUCCAAAAGCCUAGAGGGGACGUCGGAGGAGCUGGCAAAAUACAUGGCGGUUAAGGGUGAGGUUGUGGCCUUUCCUGCGCUGGAAUAG